UUCCAGGGUUCUCCCUUAAGGAUGAUAGAGUGGCGGCCCGCCAGGCUGUACUUAUCUCGCGCCAGGCUGUUAAAUUUCAAAAAUAGGGUCUUUAUAUCCAUUUUUCCGUGUUCCUCGAUCAAUUUUCCCCGUUUCCAAAGCCGCGCGCGAGCUUCCCGACCGCCGCCAUUUUUUUUCUAUCUCGCGCAGCAGCCGAAAUCUCGCGACAUUUUGAAGCUGCGAGACUCGAGUCUCAUUGGUUGGAAUUCUUAUUACGUUGAACCUACGUCAGGCCCCAUUUAAAAGGCAAUAUUUUCCCGGGAAUUUUCAUUCUGAAUACCUUGUUUACAAGGCGAGUCAUGACGAAACGAAAGCGUUAUUCGAAGCCGGCAAACCAGAAGACGAUCGCAUCGUUCUUUGCGGGUCCUUCGGCGACUUCUGCUGUAGAAGAUGGCCAGUUUUCGAAGCGCCAGAGGCUGGAGAGCCUCGGCAGCGCAGCGGUCGGGAACCAGACUGGGGAGGGGGGCGAAGCCGAGCCGCCGAUGACAGUCCGGGCAGAACCCAGCGCCUCUCCGCCGACACAGACGACCCAAGCAGCGGUGGAAACUGCCGGACCGACCGACUCCGUGACCGUCAACAUGGCCGAGUUCGAGCGGGAAAAGGCGGCCCGGAGAGCGAGAUUCGUGAGUACAAAGUGCAAGCACAAAUAUGGCUGGGAGAAGGCCUGGCUAAAGAAGUACAAGUGGCUGGUGCCGGUGACCAAUGAAGAUGGAGAGGUGGUGGGGAUGCUGUGCAGCACGUGCCGCCGACACAAUCAGCGUCAGCGCAGCGGAGAGUACUACUGGUCCAAAGAACCGGUGUCCAGCCUCCGGAGCGAUAUGGUCGGUGGCCACCCUACGUCGACCCAGCAUGAAGCUGCCGUGCAGAAAGACAAGGCCCGCCUGGCAGCCGCAGUAACUGGAGGCAUCGCACAGGCCUUCCAGCGUGUGGUUUCAGUCCAAGGCGAGGCCCUGACCAAGGCAAUGAAAGUCUUGUACUUCCUUGCCAAGGAGGAAAUCCCCCAUACGACAAAGUUCUCCUCCCUCCUGGACUUCUCGAAGGAUCACCUGGGGUGUGAUGUCCUCAGCCAUCUGAACCAGGGAGGAAAUGCCAACUAUCGGAGUGAAAGGAUCCUGCAGGAGCUUCUAAAGGUGAUGGCGGGGCAAAUUCAGGAACAGCAUGAAGCCCUCCUGCAGGAGUCUACGUUCUACGGGCUCCAGUGUGACGAGACUACAGACAUCACCACUACAAAAGAGCUGGUGCUGCUGACAAGACUGAUCACGAACACUGGCGAGGUAGCCAACCGCUUUGCGCGUAUGAUUCCGGUACCGGAUGGCAAGGCGGACACCAUCACAGCCGCCAUCCUCUCGUGGCUGCAGGAGAAGGGCCUGGACCUGAACAACCUCAAGGGCUUUGGCAGCGACGGGGCUUCUGUGAUGACAGGUAGGAGGAAUGGGGUGGCUACCCUACUGAAAGGACACAGCAGCCAGAUGGUGGCCAUACAUUGUACGGCGCACAGGCUUGCCCUGGCAGUCUCCCAGGCUGGUGACUCUGUUCCUUACUUCAAGCACAGUUUCAAGGCCAACCUGGGAAGCCUGUUCCGAUUCUACGACUAUUCAGCGUGUCGGACGGCCCGGUUUCGCCAGAUUCAGGAGAUGAUGAACCUGGAUCAGCUCACCCUGAAAGAGGCGAAGGACACCAGAUGGCUGAGCCACGACCUCGCCUGCAAGGCCCUGUACGAGAGUCUGCCAGCCGUCAUCAUCAGCCUGGACCACGAGGCGAAGCAGAACGGCAACGCAGUGGCGUCUGGACUUCUGAAGUGGCUGAAGAGCUACAAGACGCUGGCCACCCUCUACCUGCUCUGUGCCGUACUGCCACAGUUGACUUCACUCUCGUUGUGUUUCCAGCAAUCAAAGGUCAACUUGCUGGAGAUACACCGAGUUGUGGAGACAACGGUGGAAGUGGUGAGUGGGAUGAGGGAGGGCACGGCUAGUGGUAGGCUCUCAAAGCUGGAGCAGGAUCUGGCAGCAGGUGGUCGCUUGGCGCAGUUCUCUAUCUCCGUGUCACCUGAGCUGAAGCUCCAGUGGCAGCGGGAGGUGAGGGAACCCUUCAUCGACCACCUGCUGGAGAACCUGCAGGAUCGUUUUGCCUCCACCCAGCUGCUGUCCAGCUUUGCCAUACUGGACCCAUCCCUGGUGCCUGAUGACCCCAUGAAUGAGGAGUAUGGCUGUGCCGAGGUUCAGUGUCUCGCGACACAAUAUGGUGGUGAGGUCAAUGGGAUUGUUGACCCUGUUGCUCUUGAUGAUGAGUGGUUAAGCCUGCGAACGUACAUGAGGCGGGGCAAGGGCCACUUGUCACAGGAGCAGCUGGUCAGAUCCCUUCUGACUGAUGCCACCCUGGCACUGUUGUAUCCCAACAUGAGGUUGCUGGCAUCAGUGUUGAUGGUCAUUCCAGUCAGCACUGCUGACAGUGAGAGGUCCUUCAGCACACUGAAGAGGAUAAAGACAAGGCUGCGGAGCCGUCUCAGCAACGCCGUGCUGAAUGACCUCCUGACCAUCAGCAUUGACGGGCCGCACGUCAAUGACUUUGACUUUGCUAGGGCGGUGACCAAGUGGGCUGGGCUGAAAAACCGCAGGAUCAUUGUGUAGCCCCAUUAAUGUUAUGAUGGCCAUAUUCAUUGCUGUAACUUAGUGCAAGACCAAUCAAAGACUGUGUUAAGGAUUGGUACAUCCCUGCAAUUGUAUUGUAAGAACUUGAAGUUUAUAUUUUUCACUUAUAUGAAAUGCAUCAUGCCAUGUGAACUUAGUAGAUAGUACUCAAGAAGUUAUCAUUUGUAGACAGUACAGUAGACAGUACUGACUAGUGAACACUUUUGCAUUUUUCUUUUUGUAUCCCUUUUAUUUUUUAGCCAGAAGACUAUUCUUAACCAUGAUUAGAUGGUCAGUAAGUAGAUAACUUAUGAUUGUUAUGAUGUCCAUAUUCAUUGCAAUCAAUGCUGUAACUUAGUGUAAGACCAAUCAAAGACUGUGUUAAGGAUUGGUACAUCCCUGCAAUUGUAUUGUGAGAACUUGAAGUUAUAUUUUUCACUUAUGUGAAAUACAU